UGUUGACAUGUCUGCUGCUGGGUUUUAGGGUUUCAGUGAGUGUCCCCCCGCGGCCCGGCCUGAUGGAAAACCCCAGAGACCUGGUGGAGCGUCCGUCCAGGAAACGGCGUGACUCGUUCGGGAUGCUGGACGGUUUGGAGGAGGACCGCAGCAGCUGCAGUACCGAGUCCAGCGGGGGGAGCGGAGCCUCCAGCCCCGAGGACAGUGAGGAUGAGGAGCUGGGGGGAGGAGGGGGGAGUCAACUCGCCCCCCCCUCCUCGUCCCUGACUCUCAUCAAGACCAACGGACAGGUGUACACCUACCCCGACGGAAAGGCCGGCAUGGCGACCUGUGAGAUGUGUGGCAUGGUGGGCGUCAGAGAUGCUUUCUACAGUAAAACCAAACGUUUCUGCAGCGUCUCCUGCUCCAGAAGUUACUCGUCCAACUCCAAGAAGGCCAGCAUCCUCGCCAGACUGCAGGUACUGAAGGGGAAGCCUCCCACUAAGAAGGCCAAGGUUCUGCAGAAACAGCCUCUGAUGACCAAACUGGCUGCGUACGCUCAGCACCACGCCAACCAGCAGAGCGGCGUCAAGAAGAGCGUUACUGUGGAGGUGUUUGACUGGGGUCGUUACCUUGGAGACGGAGAUGUGACGGGAGCGCCGGUCAACUGCUUCAAACAUGUCCCGAUGGGGAAGUCGUGGGGCGACAUCAGUGAAGGCGUCCGGGUCGAAGUUACAAACACGGACAGCGUUCUGCCCAUGAAGGUCUACUGGAUCGCUGGCAUCAUCAAACUGGCCGGUUUUAAGGCCCUGAUGCGGUACGAAGGCUUCGACAGCGACUCCACCAGAGACUUCUGGUUGAACUUGUGUGUGCCGGACAUCCACCCGGUCGGCUGGUGUGCUGCUGGAGGGAAACCUCUGGUCCCCCCCCAGACCAUCCUGAACAGGUUCACCAACUGGAAGACCUUCCUCAUCAAGAGACUGACGGGGUCCAAGACGCUGCCGCCAGACUUCCCCUCCAAGGUCCAGGAGAGUUUGCAGGUUCCCUUUAAGAGGCAGAUGAGGGUGGAGGUGGUGGAUAAAACUCACCUGUGCAGGACUCGGGUGGCUCUGGUUGAACAGGUGAUCGGCGGGCGCCUCCGUCUGGUGUACGAGGAGUGUGACGAUGGUUCAGACGACUUCUGGUGUCACAUGUACAGUCCUCUGAUCCACAGCAUUGGCUGGUCGCGAUCCAUCGGACACAGAUUCAAACGGUCCGAUGUGUCGAAGAAGCUGAGCGCUCAGACGGACGCUCCUGGACAACUGUUUGCUAAGGUGAAGGAGGUGGAUCAGAGCGGCUCCUGGUUUGAAGACGGGAUGAAGCUGGAAGCCAUCGACCCGCUGAACCUGUCGGCCAUCUGCGUGGCCACAGUGAGGAAGGUCCUGGCAGACGGGUAUCUGAUGAUCGGUAUCGACGGCUCGGAGGCGGCUGACGGUUCAGACUGGUUCUGUUAUCACUCCAUGUCUCCCUCCAUCUUCCCCGCCGGCUUCUGUGAGAUCAACAACAUCGAGCUGACGCCCCCGAGAGGUUACAGCUGUCUUCCCUUCAGAUGGUUCGAGUAUCUGAGGGAGAACAAGUCUGUGGCGGCUCCCGUCCACCUCUUCAACAAGGACGUCCCUAACCACGGUUUCUGUCCCGGUAUGAAGCUGGAGGCCGUCGACCUCAUGGAGCCGCGGCUGGUCUGCGUCGCCACGGUGACCCGCAUCGUCCACCGGUUGCUACGGAUACACUUUGACGGCUGGGAGGACGAGUACGAUCAGUGGGUCGACUGCGAGUCACCGGACCUCUACCCGGUCGGCUGGUGUCAGCUGACCGGGUACCAGCUGCAGCCUCCCGCUGUCACUGCAGGCUCCAGAGAACUGCAGUCAGCCUCCAAACAGAGGAAGAAGUCUCAGCAGUACAAGGGGCAGAAGAAAAAGAGGAAGUUGCCCGUUGCUAAGCGAUCAGUCAGCCUCUCGGUCGCCGCGGUAACGGGCGUCCCCAGGAGCCUAUCAGGAGACGAGAACGAGACGCCGCCCAAUUACCCAUCACCCCCUACUCCUGCCUCAGCAGCCCACCCCCCCUCAGCCGACCAGGAGAGCAGCACUGAGGGGGGGGCAGGUUCACAGAUUAAAGAAGAAAACAUGGAAGGAAGUGACUUUUCUUCUGGAAGGACUGAAACAGAAACCAACGGAUCUUCUGGAGAGUUCUUCACCAGCCAGGAUCAGUAAUCCAUCGAUCUCCAGCUUCAUCUCUCCGUCUACUCUCCAUCCCAACGCUCAACUCAGCGACUGUUUCUGGACCCUCUUUAAACCGGCUACAUUAGCUGCUCGUCGCGUCCCGCGUGACAACCCAACUUCCAACAGUUUCUACUCGUCCGUCUUUCUCUUUCUGCUCGGUCGGACCAGAAAGUGUCUCACAGUCCGUUUAAUCAGAGCUGCGGUGUUUUUGCGGAAAAGUGUUAGCCAGCCACCAUAGCACGCCAAGCUAGCGUGCUACUAACUGCCGGUUAGGAAGCGGGCUACUAACUGCCGGUUAGGAAGCGGGCUACUAACUGCCGGUUAGGAAGCCUGCUACUAACUGCCGGUUAGGAAGCGGGCUACUAACUGCCGGUUAGGAAGCGGGCUACUAACUGCCGGUUAGGAAGCGGGCUACUCACUGCCGGUUAGGAAGCGGGCUACUAACUGCCGGUUAGGAAGCGGGCUACUCACUGCCGGUUAGGAAGCGGGCUACUAACUGCCGGUUAGGAAGCGUGCUACUAACUGCCGGUUAGGAAGCGGGCUACUAACUGCCGGUUAGGAAGCGUGCUACUCACUGCCGAUUAGGAAGCGUGCUACUCACUGCCGGUUAGGAAGCGGGCUACUAACUGCCGGUUAGGAAGCGUGCUACUAACUGCCGGUUAGGAAGCGGGCUACUAACUGCCGGUUAGGAAGCGGGCUACUAACUGCCGGUUAGGAAGCGUGCUACUAACUGCCGGUUAGGAAGCGUGCUACUAACUGCCGGUUAGGAAGCGGGCUACUCACUGCCGGUUAGGAAGCGUGCUACUAACUGCCGGUUAGGAAGCGUGCUACUCACUGCCGGUUAGGAAGCCUGCUACUAACUGCCGGUUAGGAAGCGGGCUACUAACUGCCGGUUAGGAAGCGGGCUACUAACUGCCGGUUAGGAAGCGUGCUACUCACUGCCGGUUAGGAAGCGGGCUACUAACUGCCGGUUAGGAAGCGGGCUACUAACUGCCGGUUAGGAAGCGGGCUACUAACUGCCGGUUAGGAAGCGUGCUACUAACUGCCGGUUAGGAAGCGUGCUACUAACUGCCGGUUAGGAAGCGGGCUACUAACUGCCGGUUAGGAAGCGUGCUAUCAGCCGCUAACUGGACAGAAAGUAAAUGUUCACCACGUCUCACCAGUUUGAUCUGUAUUCUGCUACAGUAGCAUUAGCCGGCCACAAUAGGCUACCAGCUAGCGAGCUGGUCAACAGCCAAUUAAGAAGUUAGUUAGCUUGAUCGCUAACAGAAUAGAAAGCAAACUGUCUAUUCAAGCGCUAAUGUUUUAUAAAGGUUUCAUAAACGCAGGUCUGACCUUUUUCCUAAUUUCCCUAAAUUCUAAACUCGCCAUCCCCCAUUUCUGGCUUUCCCACCAACAGUAAUGGAGUUAGUUUGAUAUGUGAGGGAAGAUGGUGCCGCUGUCCGGAGUAUCUUCAGCUCAUACACUCUAAGGACCGAGCGGAGAAACAAGACGGAGAAACAAAGACAGGGAAGAAGCUAAAGGAGCGCAGUGAGUAAAGAAUAAACCAACAAAGGAAAGAAAACACAACAAGAAAUCUUUUGUACGAGAACUUUUUCAACGCCAGAAUCUUUGAUGUUUGUACGUGUUCAUGUGUUCGAGGGUCCAAACUCUUGACGUAAUAUGAAUACUGGAUGCUGUGUAAUGUCAUGUUGAGAUUAGCAGUCAUUUAAAAAACGGUGUGUGUGCGUGUGUGCGUGUGCGUGUGCGUGUGUGUGUGUGUGUGUGUGUCUGAGCAUCGAGAACACUAAUCGAGUUAUCUUCUUAGAUUUCACACUUCUGUUACUUCUGUGUCGUUUGUGUUCGUCGUCUUUUUCUACGUGAAUCUCUAACAUUAGUGUCCAGCUGUUUGUAUUCUGGUUUCUAUUGAUGAUAAACAUUUGAUAACGUUUUUAUGGAAUGAUUUUGACCCGGUGAAGAAGUCAUAUUUUGGACGCAGCAGAUUUUGUAAUAGGAGAAGAUGUUCCCGUAUUGUGACGCGAGUUGAUUUAAAUCCUUGAGUUGUGCGAUCCUCCUCUUCCUCGUCCUCCUCCUCCUCGUCAUCCUCCUCUUCCUCAUCCUCAUCCUCCUCUUCCUCGUCCUCGUCGUCCUGCUCCUCUUCCUCGUCCUCCUCCUCCUCCUCCUGUUCCGUGUGUCAGCGAAGGGAAUCAGGACCUUGUGGGUUUUAUAGAUUUUCUCUCGGGUUUUAAAGUGACAGUGUUUUCGUUGACUAAGAUCAGCUGUGGACGCUCAACCGAUCACGUGUCUUCUCCAAGUUUGUUACGUAUAUUUUCAGGACUUUGUGUCAUCAUGGAGUUGAAGGAGUUUCACAAUGUUGACGUUCGAGGUCUCGGAUCGGGUACAAAAUUCCCGACUGGUACAUAAAAAAAAGUCCACAAUGUUGCAGAUAAUUGAGUCCUCAUGAGUUUAAUGUCUUGACUUCACAGGUUUGAUGUAUUUAUUCUUGCAGCUUUGGGUUAAAAGAAAUUGAGAUUUGAAUGUAUUUGUGUUCCACACGAGGUCGAACCUGCGACGUGGUUCAUGGUGAUGUUUCCUGAGCUCGUAUGGAAACAUACAGAUAUAUAUACUGUAAGUGUAAGACGAGACAUGUAGUUAUGUACCCAUGUUAACUUUCAUCAAGCUUUUUUUAAUACAUUGUGCAAUUUCUGGCAGCAUGAUUGUGAAGAAAGUAUUACGUUUUUUAUGCAAUAAAAAAAAGGUGAGAAAAUACGUUUUGAA